GGCGCAUCGCGUCGCGCGCGUCUCGUCGUUGCAGCAGGCCUUAUUUUUUAUUAUUAUUAUACUUUUAUUUUGCGUCGUAUAUUAAAAAAACAAAAACGGAGUCUACUUCAUUGAUAUUGUAAUCGUUUGGCGCGCUAAAUAGGUAGGAAUAGAAAAGAAUCCUUGCAUCACACCUCGUACGUGCGUGUACUUUCUCUCUCCUCUAUAUAUGUGCCGUACGUGUGUCGCGCGCUUGUGUGUGCGUGCGUUUAUACAGUAAAAAACAGCCGAUAGAUUAAUAGUCGUACGAUACUCGUGACGACAAAUCCCCGAGCUGCUGCACAGGCACCUAACGCGGAGUCUGGAGUCCCCCAUCCCCGCCACUAUACAUAACCGGAGCUAAAGAGAGAAAACCAAACCCCCUCGUCGUACGGUAGUCGAUGUCACAACACACGCGGACUUGUGUAUACGGCGUCGCGGCUUUUGCGUUAUAAUAUAGCCCGCUGAUACAGCAGCACCGACCAAGUAGUCGUCAUACGCGCACGAGCCGCGAGUGCUGUAGAGAGGAGCAGUCAGUGAGUGUGUGUUUACAAAAGCGCCGUAUAACAACUACACUAUAUAUACGCGGCACCACCGUGCGUGCGGCUUAUCGUUAUAUACUCUUCGGCUCGCGAUAUAUUUCGCGUUCGGAAAAUUUUGUUGAAAAAAAAAAACAGAGAAUAUAAUUAAAACAAGAUGGACGUGUCCUGGCUGGUUAAACAAACGGAGGCGAGAAAGCGCCAAGGAUCCAAUUCGCUGCUGUAUCCCAGCAGGCCGUGGAUGGAAAACAAUGCUGCAGCUGCCGCUGCUCCCGCUGGCAACGUCGGCCUCAAAGGCAUCAUAGCCGGUGGCAUUACCGGUGGUAUCGAAAUCUGCAUCACAUUCCCCACCGAGUACGUCAAAACGCAGCUGCAGCUCGAUGGCAAAUCCGGAGCGGGUAAACAGUUCAACGGGAUCUGGGACUGCGUCAACAAAACCGUCAAAGGCCACGGUUUCUUCGGUCUUUAUCGAGGCCUAUCCGUACUCCUCUACGGCUCCAUUCCCAAAUCCGCUGUGAGAUUUGGAUCUUUUGAAACGGUCAAGAAACAACUGGUCGAUUCGGAGGGCAAGUUGAAUGCUCAGAAUCGACUGCUCGCUGGUUUGUGCGCCGGCGUUUGCGAAGCCGUUUUAGCAGUGACUCCUAUGGAGACAGUUAAAGUUAAGUUCAUUAACGAUCAGAGAUCAGCUAACCCAAGAUUCAAAGGCUUCUUCCAUGGCGUUGGAAUCAUUCUUAAAGAACAUGGUUUCAGAGGAGUUUAUCAAGGUUUAGGACCGACAAUGAUCAAACAGGGUUCAAAUCAAGCCAUUCGAUUCUUUGUUAUGGAAUCGUGUAAAGAUUGGUACAAAGGUGGUGAUAAUAGCAAGCCUGUUCCUAAGUUAGUGGUUGGUGCCUUUGGUGCGAUAGCAGGAGCCGCUUCAGUUUAUGGAAAUACGCCCAUUGACGUAAUCAAAACAAGAAUGCAGGGUUUGGAAGCUUCGAAGUACAAAAACAGCUGGGACUGUGCCGUGAAAAUAUGGCAGAAUGAAGGUCCACGAGCAUUCUACAAAGGAACAGUGCCAAGAUUGGGCAGAGUUUGCUUGGAUGUAGCUAUCACUUUCAUGAUUUAUGAUUCGUUCAUGGAUCUGUUUAACAAAGUCUGGCCUUAAAUCAAAUGCAUCAAGAUCGUCGUCAUCAUUAUCAGUUUAAAUUUUUUUAAACUUUUAAUGAUAAAUAUUGGACUUGGUAUUUGCCGGGAUUUCAAUUCUAAAAGAAAUUUAGGUAUAGAAUUGACUGCAAUAAAAAUAAGAGUAAUAUCAUAUCGUUAAAUCUACCGAUAGUUCUCCGAGAAAUUGUAACACGUGAAUAUUUUGUUUUAUGGAAAUCUUGAUUUCGUUUUGAAAUUUAAUCCGCGUUAAUACUAAUUGAAAAUAUCAGAUUUUAUCGCUAUUUUACUCAAUGAAUUGAAUCAAUCCAAGAAAUUCGUUAAACGAAUCUUGGAUUGUAAAAAGUCAUUUCUGUUAUCAAUUCAUAGUUUUUAAACGCACUAUUUUGACGAUAACUAGAUUUUUAUAAAAGUUAUAGGUGUUCGAAGUAUUUACAUUGUUAUAUUGAUUUUGGUAAAAAAAAUGAUGAAAAUAUAGAUUUCUUUCGUGAUUAAAUAAUAAUAUAAAUAAAUGAACGCAUAUUAUAUAUUAUUAUAAAAAAGAGAAUUGCAUAGAGUCCAGAAGUGAAAUAGUUUUUAUAAAGAAAAACAAUCUGAACUUGAAUCGAUGUAAUUUUGAUUGUGUAGAGUCGAAUAGUUUCACAUACGAGCCUAAUGCCGCGAACGAUGAAUAGAUUUAUUUACAACGAGAAUAACGUAGGUUUAUACAUAAAAAAGAAGCGUAUCAAUAUAAAAAAAUAACAAUCAUUCCAGCACAAUAAUUGUCACGUACCAAUGAACUUAUACCAAUACACAAAGUCUAUACGAUUUCAAAAUUAUCGCAAGAUGAGAAGGGAUUUAAUGAAAUUAUUUGAUGUAUUAUCGUAGGAUUUCAUUGAAUGAUUUUUUUCUUACACAUUCCACCCUAUAAUUUUUACAUCAGAGAAAGUAUAUUUUGUAAAUAAGCGUCUCAAAGUGUUAAGCAUUUGUUUAAUUUUAUUUUGACGUUUCGUCUAUUGUUGAUUAAAUUGCUAUAGCUAAUAAUAUUGUACAUUGAGAUAUUUAAAAAAAA